AUGGCGGAAGCAGACAAGGAGAACUGUCCACCGCUGUCAGAGGGUUUCAGCGCCUCAACGUGUACAUUUGCAUCUACCUCAACAAACAGCGCUUCGAACACGCUCUCGUCGAAGCAGUCGACAAAUUCAGCCCAAGUCGCGUUUCCUGUAGAAGAGCCAGAUGGGGAUCGAGAUGUGCUUGCAGCUGACGGCAAGACGCUACGCAAAAAGCGAUCCGUCCUCUUCUAUCCUUCGGCCGGCCUGGCAGCCAAAUCGAACCAGCAGCCCUUCUCUCGCAGCGCGGCGAAGAGAGACUCGAUCAUGGCUCUGGGCAGUAUUGGUUACCUUCAGCAUCUGUAUACGAAACAAGGCAUCGCGAAUCGAAAUCGUCCGCUGACCAAGGGGGCGAUGACACUGGCGAUCGGGCCUGCCGGCGAAGCGAUGGUAUUAUCCAACGCAGAUAACUCGACUGCCGGGUCUCCAACGUCCGAGUCUCCAACGACAGCUGCAAACGGGCAGUUGACGCCAAAUGGGAUUCUUGAAGAGGAUGAGCACUUGCUGCUGCCUCCUAGCCCAGAGGCAGGUAGCUUUGCGCGACCCAAGUACCUCGAAGUCGCAAAGCCGUUGGAAGCAGAUACACAUGCACUCCGCGCAUUGCUUGUCGCCGAUCUGGACCGUCUCUGUGAUGCAUGGCACCUUUCCGACUGGAUUGCAACCAAUCGAGCUGUCGCGCCCAUCAAGCAGCUCCUCUCCGAAGGCUCGCUGUCAAAGGCUGCUCGGCAACCUGACUCAUCGGCAUCGACAGAUCUCGUCAGAAUCAUUGAUGUCACGACCAAGGCGAUUCGAUCGGUGCGCAGCUACAUUCUUGCUCUUCCUCAGCGCUCCAAGAUACCUAUGACCUUACCGAACGAGCCUAGCAGAAGAGACCGCUUCAAGCGCCAACCCAGUUUCAGUGGCGUCUCUCGUCCCGGUCAAGCUGGAAUGCCAGUGCCGGCAAGAAGCAAUGAAAUUCUCCACCACAUUGCGACGCCGGAUGACAGCCUUUCACGAGAGCCUCCCUGUUCACCGCUGACGAGCGCGCCAUCUCCCGGCGGACGAUCCUUGAGCUCACGAGCCGAUACAGAUGAGGACCCUCUCGGAGUCAUACGAAAGGCUGCGCUCGAGAUGCUCUCAGCGCUCCAAGAGAUGGAAAAAAAGACUCGCAUCGAAAUUCUUGACGUAAAUAGCGACGAGACGGGAUAUCUUUCCGCUGCGAUCAGCCGUGAUCCGGACGAGUCCAGCUCGACGGGUUCGGCCACGCCAGGCACAGGCUAUCUGUACCGUUCGGACUUGGUGCUGUCGGACUUUGCAGCAGAGCGAGAGAUGCUGCUGAGGUAUUUGGAAACUGUCGGCUCUGUGUUGUCUUCGUUGAUGAUCUCUUGCCAAGACAUGCGUCGGCGCUCGAGCACGGGGACGGAACACGCACGAGAAGCGCAAGCCUUGACGAGCACCGUGAACUCGAGCGGGAAUGCGGCUCCUUCGAUCCACAUCGAUGCCGCUAACGACGACGAUGUUGCGUCCAAAGCGGGACCAAUAUGGACCGAACCGGGUGUCAGUGCGGCUCAGCGAGUGUCAAGCUUCAUGAUCGACCACUGCGAAGCUGUGAUCGGGUCGACGUCGCGACUCGAACGAAUGCAAGAGGCUCGAGAUGACAUUGAAGCGCUUUUGGCGCUGCUUUCUGACGGGUAUCUUCUGUGCUGCGCUUUCAACGAAGCGGUGCGCCGAUCUGACAAGCCGUGGGGCUACAUCUCGUCGCGUGAGAUGCACGAUUUGGAAGCGGAAGAAGCGGUACUGCUGCACAAAGAAACUUCGCGCGCCAAGUCGGCGCAGGAAGCUGCAAUGCUCACGUUCCAGACUCGGUUCAGUCGAAAAGCUGAUGCGAGUGAGGGCGCUUUGAAUGUCGACGAUGUUGAAGCUCGGGUCAGGGUGGAGGAGAAUACAGGUAAUCGACCGGGGUGGACUUUUCGCCGGACGGAAAACCUGCGCGUGUGGGCAGCAGCGCUAAAGCUGCGGUAUCAGGUGCAAACAACCGCCACUCGAGCUAACGCCGCCAAGCCAGGUUCAAAUUUGACUUACGGAAGCCUGGGACUGGGUAAGCUCGCAUUGCACGGCCGCAGGGCGGCCUCAGAAUCCCACGCGCUCUCGUCUGGCGGUCCGUCGACCGGUCUCGGCUCAAAGACGAUCGAUUUCGACCCGGCCAAAGUCGCCCGAAGAGAAUCAGGAUGGCACCUUAUGCUCACUACUCUCCUGAUGGCUUGGAUCGACGCAGUGGCGCACGAGCAGCUUUUGAUGUAG